AUAGACCAAUUUUGAAAAGAGAAGUCAUGGAGCCUUCUUUUUGUAGCUUGGUAUUUCUCUUAUUUCUGACUGACUAUUGCUUUUCGCUUUGUCCUCAUCAAGAUAGGCAUCUCUAUCUAAAACAUUGGUCAAACGUUCAUACAUGGCCUCAUGGAAAGCCAAAGCAGCAUUCACCUGUGGUUAUAUCUUCAAAUGUACUAUUAGAUGAACAGCCACCUGAUCUUCAUAGUAUUAACAUUACAUCUACUGGAAGGCUAGUGUGGAGUCCACAUGCCAAUAUCACCUUGCGUACAAAAUUCAUUUACAUCAAUGGAAGACUGGAUAUGGGGUCUGAAGAGUGUCCAUUCACUGGGACUGCCAAGAUUAUACUUACAGGCCGCAGAGGUGAAUUCAAUUUUAGGGAUCAUAUGAACAUGGUUAUAGGGGAUAAAGUAAUUGUUGUUGCUGAAGGAGGUACAAUAGAAAUCCAUGGACAACCUAAGUUACCAUGGACAAAAUUGACCAAAACAGUUCCAGUCUUGUCAAAGAAAACUGGCAUCAUAUUUGACCAUAUUGAUAGUGGAAAUUUAGAAAAUCAGAAAUACGAGAACGGAAUUAUUGCUUACAUUCUAAGAAUUGAUUCGCACAACAAAGUAACUGUCAAGGAAUAUGGAAGUUAACAGCUCGCCUCCACGUGGCAAGCAGCACAAGAGAAAUCAAGAUUUAUGAAUAUGA